CAAUCAGGCCAACAACAAACACAUCCAACCACAACUUUUACAUUCUUUUUUGUUUUUCUUUCUAACCCCUAAAUUACACUAGAGAAAAAGAAGGUCCUCUUUGCUUUAGCUCUUUCAGAUUUGUUUUGCUGUUCCUGGAUUUUUAAUACAAGGACAACGCUACACAACGCAACACUUUCUUUCUUUCUUUCUGAGAGUUAUCUCUCAGUUCUCAGCGAAGCCAGCUUGGCUACUUGAAUAUUCAAUUCUUCGAUAAAUGAAGCCCUAAUUAUGAUGAUAAGAUCCUUUUGAUUCAGUUCCUCUUCCAGAACAUUCCUUCACCAAUCUCAAACAGCGAUGGCUCGCGUUAUUGUGUUUAUCGAUCAUUAUGGAUUUCGUUUGUGUUUGUAGCUGGAAUUGAUAUCGUUGAAGAUGGAGCUGUUUUUCGCCAUUUUGAUAUUGGCUUGCUUGCCAUCGUUUGUAUUGUCUAAUUUCCAAGGUGAUGCCCUGUAUGCAUUGAAGAUUUCAUUGAAAGCUGAUAAGCUCACAAGCUGGAACCAAAAUCAAGUUAACCCUUGCACUUGGGUUGAUGUUACUUGUGACACUAAUAAUAAUGUUAUUUCUUUAUCAUUGUCAUCAAUGGGAUUUAGUGGAACCUUGUCCCCACAAAUAGGAAAUAUAAAGACCCUUACAUCUCUUAGUUUGCCAGGAAAUGGCAUAACUGGUGGGAUACCCAAAGAAUUUGGGAAUUUGACAAAUUUGACCACUUUGAAUUUGGAAAAUAAUAAUUUAUCUGGUGAAAUACCUACGUCCCUUGGUAAUCUUACGAAGCUUCAGUUCUUGACUUUGAGUGGAAACAAUCUCACUGGAACCAUUCCUGAGUCACUUUCACGUAUUCCAAGCUUAAGCAGUCUAAUGCUUGAUUCGAACAAUCUCAGUGGUCAGAUUCCUCAGCAUUUAUUACAAGUUCAAAGCUACAACUUUACAGGAAACCACUUGAAUUGUAGCAUUAAUUCCCCUCCUUUUUGUGCUAGUGAAAUUGGAGAUUCAGGUGGUUCGAAUGGGUCAAAAAUUGGAGUUAUACUUGGAAUUGUUGGAGGAUGUAUUGCUAUUCUUCUUCUUGUUGCUUUGUCGUUAGUUCUGUGUAGGGGUAGAAACUCUGGCUACAAACGUGAAGUUUUUGUAGAUGUUGCAGGUGAAGUUGACCGGAGAAUUGCGUUUGGUCAAUUGAAAAGAUUUUUAUGGAGGGAACUACAAUUAGCUACAGACAACUUCAGUGAGAAAAAUGUUCUAGGACAGGGAGGUUUUGGGAAAGUUUACAAGGGGGUGUUACCUGAUAACACAAAAAUUGCUGUGAAACGGUUAACUGACUACGAAAGUCCUGGAGGAGAUGCAGCUUUCCAGCGUGAAGUUGAGAUGAUAAGUGUAGCUGUUCACAGGAAUCUUUUACGGCUAAUUGGGUUUUGCACAACUCCAACAGAACGACUUUUAGUCUAUCCCUUCAUGCAGAAUUUAAGUGUUGCUUAUUGCCUACGAGAUCUUAAAGCUGGGGUGCCUGUUUUAGAUUGGCCUACUAGAAAACGAGUGGCUUUAGGCACAGCUCGUGGCCUAGAGUACCUUCAUGAACAUUGCAAUCCUAAAAUUAUUCAUCGGGAUGUUAAGGCUGCAAAUGUGUUACUUGAUGAAGAUUUUGAAGCGGUUGUUGGUGAUUUUGGCCUGGCAAAACUGGUUGAUGUUAGAAAGACUAAUGUAACAACUCAAGUUCGUGGGACAAUGGGCCACAUAGCACCUGAAUACUUGUCAACUGGGAAGUCAUCAGAAAGGACUGAUGUUUUUGGUUACGGAAUCAUGCUUUUAGAAAUUGUAACAGGUCAACGGGCAAUUGACUUUUCGCGCUUGGAAGAAGAAGAUGAUGUUUUAUUGCUUGACCAUGUCAAGAAACUGGAAAGGGAGAAGAGACUAGAAGAUAUUGUAGAUCAAAACCUAAAUAAAAACUACAACAUUCAAGAGGUAGAAAUGAUGAUCCAAGUUGCAUUGCUUUGUACUCAGUUGUCACCAGAGGAUCGCCCAGCAAUGUCAGAGGUCGUACGGAUGCUGGAGGGUGAGGGGCUGGCUGAGAGGUGGGAAGAGUGGCAGCAUAUUGAGGUUACUCGCAGGCAAGAGUAUGAGAGACUACAGAGAAGAUUUGACUGGGGAGAAGAUUCAGUUUAUAACCAAGAUGCUAUUGAAUUGUCUGGUGGAAGAUGAGUAGGUACUGUGGUGUCUUCUCCACAUCUCUAUGCUCCACCUCUUCAAGGUUGAUGGUGCACUUGAUACAGUCAAUGCCUGCCAUUGCUAGAGCUUCAAUUGACAUGGCUUCACCUUAAAACCAAUUUUUAUUUGGGUUUGUUUUAAAUUGAGAAGUAUAUGGGAAUUGAUUUAAAAGAAAAAUUAGCAUUGGUAUUUAUAUGUGAUCUGUGUCUUCCUCUUGAAGGCUCAGGUCUCAGGUGUUCAACUGUAAUAUACCAAACAUCUAUGGAAACACAGGUCACAGGUGUUACAUGUACAGAGUUUGUAUUGCUAUCUUCCGUGACCUCAACGACUUCGCUUUACUCUCUCAUUAUGAAAUCUUGAACUUUUUAUACCUAAAUUUGUUGAUUAUGAUGGUGUAUGAUAUCCGGUGGAUGUCUACCUAAAAGUAUUGUAAUUGCGAAUAUACAUGUAAUUAGUUUCAGUAGUUCUAUGAAUGCACUUUUUUCUUCAUAAA